AUGCUCAACGGCCUCAACAUUCUGCCCUCGUAUACCGAUUACAUCGAUCUGAAUGCUGCGACCACUGGUCUCAACACUGCUUCCGUUUCCAUCGAUGGCUUCUUCGGCCCACUGGUCUCAGGAAUCAUAGCAGAUCGCCUCGGGCGACGUCCCGCUGUGUUCUGGGGCUCAGCAUUGACACUCGUUGGUGUUGUACUUCAGACUGCCGCCCAAAAUACCGCAUGUUUGUGGUCGCACGCAUAA